UUUCUAGAUGUUUAUCUGAAUCAAUCAGGAAAACCCAAUUGGUCUGAGAUUUGUUCUUCACUUGUGGGCUAAUCUCUGCUCUUAAGAACGGUCAAAGUCUGAACCUUUCAGCUUAGAAAGAGGAGUAGUUUCUUUUCCCAGAUUGAAGUGGGAUGGAUAUACAAAAAGAAAGCAAGGAGCAUGUUUCAUCUGACUCCCUUUUACAAUGGGGCCAAUGGCAACUGCUCGAUUCUAUCCUCCCAACCGGUGGUUUUGCACAUUCCUUUGGUCUUGAGGCUGCAAUCCAAGCUCGGAUAGUCUCUGGUCCUGAAGAUCUCCAAACUUUCGUAAUUCAUCAUUUAGAGAAUACUGCAAGCUUACUCCUUCCUUUUGUGUAUUCUACUACAAUAUCGCCUGAUUUGGAGAGUUUGCGUAAACAUGACAAGAUUUUAGAUGCAAUGCUGACUAAUGAAGUGGGUAGAAAGGCGUCGAUUGCGCAAGGGUCGGCACUGAUGAGAGUGGCUGCAGCCGUGUAUUCGGAGAUACCGUCUCUUAAAUCUAUGAGGGAAGCUUCUUUGAGUAAUGGAGUUGUUUCUUUUCACCAUGCUCCAAUAUUUGGGCUUAUAUGUGGAUUGCUUGGGUUGGAUAGUAGUACUUCUCAAAGAGCUUUCAUGUUUAUCACAAUGAGAGAUGUUAUUUCUGCUGCAACAAGGCUGAAUUUGGUCGGACCCCUUGGUGCGGCUGUUCUGCAACAUCAUAUUGCUCCUAUCUCUGAAGCUAUACUGAAUCAAUGGAAGGACCGUCCAGUUGAGGAAGCAUGCCAAGCUGUUCCUUUGCUUGAUAUCGUGCAGGGUUGUCAUAGUUACCUGUUUUCCAGACUGUUUUGUUCUUGAAGGCCAAAUACGACGCAUCGCCUGGUGGAGUCUGCCUGUAACUUUAUAAAUGUAAGUCCUGAAAAUUCAGUGUAUUGGAAGUACUACCUGAAAUCUCUAUGUUUAUAUUAUUUUGUACAUAGGUGAUUCAACUGUUCUGCCAUCUUAGAAGGUUGCGUUAAAUCCAAAAGUAGAACCA